AUGAGAACAACCGCUGGCGACUCAAUAUUCUUCUUCAAAGACGAUGAACAACCAUAUGGUUUCCUCUGCCAGUGGUACCGAUCUCGAUUCAAAGACCCCGACUCCAGUCUCGAAUUCAACUGCGCCGAGCAAUGGAUGAUGUGGAACAAAGCACAACUCGCAGGAGAUGCGACAUCUGCAAGAACAAUAAUGGCUACUACAUCUCCUCGGAAGCAAAAACAGCUCGGUCGCGACGUCGAAGGGUUUGAUGUGGAUGCUUGGGAUCAAAUCAAGUUGGACGUCGUCCAGAGAGGCAACUAUCUUAAGUUCACGCAGGCAACGAAUCCUUUACCUCUCAAAGAUCUACUACUGGCUACAGGUGAGCAAGAGUUGGCAGAGGCAUCCAGGUUUGAUCGCGUUUGGGGCAUCGGCUUUGAUGCGCAACAAGCACAAACGACAUCUCGCGACAAAUGGGGUCAAAAUCUGCUAGGUAUAGCACUGAUGAAUGUUCGAGACAAGGUCAGACACGAAGCGAAAGCUACUUGCGAAACCUCUAGGGAGAACUGA